GGUGUGGUUUUCUCUUAGCAGAUCUCAUAGGCGCGGCGGUCGAGGGUGCUGACCCGUGGGGGAAGGGUCUGUUGUGGAGAUAGCUGUCGGUGUUAUAGGUUUGCUUGCCCUGUACGAGGUGGUGGAGUGACCCAUCUGGGUUUCUAGAGAGGUGGACGUCAAGGAACGAGAGCUUGCCAUCUUCUUCUUGCUCCAUCGUGAACUUGACAGUGGGAUGCUGGUUGCUCGGGUGUAAAGAGAUCUUGGCCGUGAGGUGAGAUGACGGAUGCGUCAACGUAAAUGGUGGGCUCAUAGUCUGCGGCGAGAAGUGAGGAUGUCUUACAUUCUUCCAUGAAGAUGUCGGCUAGGACUGGGAAUAUAGGAGAUCCCACGGAGGUCCCAGCCGAUUGCUCUGAGAACUUGCCUUGGAACUCGAAGUAGUUGGAAAAUAGCCUACGCAUAGGCGGAUGAGUUUGGCGACUUGGGUGGGGCUGUAAGUACGCGUGGAGAGGCUGGAAUCAUUGUCGAGUCGUUGCUUGGCUAGUGAGUGCGUUCGUUUCAGUACGUUGGUGAAAAGUGAGACUACAUCAAAGCUCACCAUGAUGCCAGUGCGUUUAAGAGUAGGCCGGUCUCCUGGUAAGGUCGACGAACUGGGUGGAGUUGGAGAUAAUGAUGAGGUGUGUUGCGCAGAAAGGGCUGAUGAGGGAUGUCGUACGUCUCGUAGGUGGGUGAUCCUCUCUAUGCGGCCGGGAUGGAGUCAGAGCAGUGGAGCGGGCAGUGUCUGUUCAUACUCCUGCAGAGAUAGUUAUACAGUCCAAUGUCAGUUUUGGAAUUGGCAGAGGUGUACCAGAUAUAGGUCGAAAACCUGCUAUAGGUGCUGCGAUGGAUGGACUGGGGGCACCUCCAAUAACUGCCCAACUGCAAUAUGUUUUGGUCGUGAAUGGUGUCCGAAUGGAGGGACAUGCAGACGUCCUGACUACUGCAGCUGUAGGCGGGGAUAUUACUCUCCAAGAUGUAAUCGUUGUACUGCUAUAGCACACUGCAAUGAUGUGUCCUGCACCACUUCAUCAGACCAGAUAUGUUCGUAUUGUGAGGGUGAUUAUGGCUCACUUGGAUCAGCUUACAAAUUGUCUUCUAACAAAAGAGUUUGCCUUCAACAAUGUUCAUGGAGGACUGACAGCAAUGCCUGUUAUCCAGGAACCUGCUCUUACGGGACCAACUGCCGCUGCAGCACUGGCUUCUCGGGAAACGACUGUAGAACAAUGGAAAGCAGUCAGGUACCUAUUCUAUCAAAGCACAGCGCCACUCUCAUCUCCGGGUCUACAACCUUGGAAUCACCUUCUGACCAGGGCAGUAUGACCACUGUCUAUACCAGCGUGAACAAUUUUUCGAACCUCAGGAUUAACUGGAUAAUUUCCUACCAGCCCACUGGACUCCCCGACCUCCAUAGUGGUGGAUAUCCCUACAUUCACAGUGUUAGGCUGGGUGUUGUGGGUGCAAGAGCCAGGGUCACUGUGAAUCGGGGUGAGAGCUUAAUAUAUACAGUAGGUAACCCAACAUGUACUACAGCGACAAGUGGAGUUCCUUUUAGUCAAAGCAGUCCUGCAACAAAUCUGGUGUCCUGUGAAACCACAUUAACUUUGAACUACAAUGAUUGGACCCCAGCUUCAGGAGAUGUACUUCGGUUUGACACGUAUUCAACCAGUGGUGGCUUCAUGAAAUUAUACAACAGAGACUCAAGCAACCGAAUCGAGACACGAUAUUACAGUGGCACAACAAGCUCCGCUUCCUCAACUUUCACCUUUGACUUUGAUGACCCUUACCACUGCGUGGAUGUUGGUAGAGGAUGCAGAAAAGCAAUGCUAAAUGCAGGGAAUGACAUCACCUCUCGGGAGGUGAUAAGAGUCCAAUGGCAAGGUUGGAUUGACGAUCUGGCUGGUGUCAAAGAAUAUGAUCUGGAGGUACGACAGCUGUCAGGUAGUCAUGGCAACAAGAUGACAGAAAUCUUUCACCGACCUGCAGUUUACAGAAGAACAACCAGCUCUGGUUGUAAUGUCACCUUGCCGCAUUUAGGUGUUUAUUCUAUUGUCCUUGCCGUUGUUGACCACGCUGGCAACGUCAAACGCAGCAGACGCUUUGUGUUCUUUGACAAUGAUCCCAAUGAUGUCACCAUACAAAGUGAUUCGCCUCUGCGCGUAGUCUCAGCGACUGCAGAGACCAACUUCACGUGGCUGACCAAUCUUGAAUCCGGCAGAGGGACAACCACUGUGGGGCUUGACUGGACAGGCCAUUUCAUUAAUGUGAAUCACCACAACCAAGGAUUCUUAAAGCCCAUUGGGUCCUAUGCUGCCGGUACAAUCCAUUCCGAUUACGACCAGUACUUUGGGCAGCGAGGCCGUGCAGGUAUCCCGAACAAGCUAGGCAUUACACAGUUCCGUACCUAUUCUGAGAUCGACCACAGCGGGGGUAAAACAACUGUCAGUGUGAGUGACACCAACUCAGACAACUGGAGGAAUGAAGCCACAAACACGCAGGUGACAUAUGACCUGAGCCUAGUGGACGGCGAUUCUAUACGGUUCUGGGUGGAGGCCAGGGACCUAGCCGGUCACUUUUUAAGGGACAAUGUGUUGGUUCACGCUGACUCAUCCCCACCUGUUAUUGAAGACUUCUGGCUGGUACGAGACGGGGAAGUAAACCUAGCCAUUCAUCAUUCAGCCAAUCUGCAUGAAAUGAGAUUUGUGUUCAGGGCUUACGACAUUCACAGUGGUCUAAGAAACAUUGAGUGGCGUCUGUUUGAGAACCACACAGGCACAGAGAUGGAAUAUGGACACCAGUCAGUGCCUGUCAGGAAACUUGACAUGGACUCUGCAGACUGUUAUCCUGUCGAUUGUCUCUGUACCCCGAUUGGUGACUGCUAUGCCGCAGACUACAGUUUCAGUCCAACGAACGAUCUUGGCACUCAUGACCAUGAUUACUUCAUCGCGUUGACAGUUAUGAAUCAAGCAAGACUUGUAGCUACCCAGAUGUUGAAGAUAACGGUAGACACAUCACCGCCUCAAGCUGGUGUGGUGCAUGAUGGGAUACCUGGGUCUAAUGAGGUGGACUUCCAGGAAGGCAAUGACCUCACAGCUCACUGGCAGGGGUUCUUUGACAAGGAGAGUGGAAUCAAGUUCUACCAGUAUCUGUUUGGGGAUUCAUGCUGGACUAGCCCUAGCAGUGUAAGGGAUGUGAUGACGAGAACUACCUCUACACAUGCUAGUUGGACUGCACCCUCUCCUGGCCGGUACUAUGUCACCGUCAUUGCUUACAAUCGAGCCUUGGAGCCCUCAGAGGCUGUCUGUUCUGACGGUGUCGUGAUUGAUACAAGUCCUCCUGAGUUGUCUCAGAUCGUUAUAAGCUACGCUCGGAUUUGGCCCGGUCUGGCCAAGGAUAAUGAAGGUCGGGUGUGGUUUGUUGACGAGCACCGCAAGAGGAUGGAGCUGGUUGAUGCAUCGAGUGGAUGCAGUUCCAAGGCUACUAUGGUAGAGGAUUUGUCCAUUUAUCCUGAGAUGGCUGGCACCAAUGACUCCGUGGCUAUACUCAAAGGAGACCUGGACUGUCUCUGGAUCUUGGCUAUUCAACAAAAGAUAUUCCUUCCAACUCAUAAACAUGUGAUCAUCUCAUGGGCUGGGGACGAUGCAGAGAGCUCCAUCUAUGACUAUGAGAUUGGUCUGAGCACCAACCCUAUAAAUCCGACCCCUGACCUUGUGACAUUCACGUCUACAUCAGGUCAUGAUCACUUUGUGAUGUACCAUCCCCAUAUCAGCCACGGAGUAGUGUUCUACUUAGCUCUAAAGGCAACCAACAAGGCCCAGCUGUCUACAUACAAGGUAGUCGGUCCGAUUAUAGUGGAUACCACCCCACCCAUGUUUGUUGGGCGUGUUUCAGUUCGUGUGGAGGAUGAAUACUUGGUUGCUGAAUGGGGAGAUGAUAGCUUCAUUGAUGAUGAGGACACCGACCUGAGAUACCAAGUUGCCGUCAGUUUGUCAAAGCUAGAUAUGGGGAUCAGCCCAGGUGGCUCAGAGACCCCCACUUUCCAAUUGGAGAAAAACUACAGAAUUGGCCCGUGUUCGACACAAUCAUCGUGUGCCGCAUUCUCGUUGGAUGACCUAGACUGGCAUCUCCAUGGUGACCAUGAGUAUUACGUGUCAGUCAGAGCGCAGAAUGGUGCUGGAUUGGCAACAGUGGGGACCUCAUCCGUGUAUAGACCCAUCGUGCAGUUGCCGUCUGUGGGUGUUGUAUUGGACGUUGCUCCCCCUGGAGAGGAAGUGGCUGUGGAGUUUGGGUUUGCUAAGGACAUUGACGUACAAAUGGACACUAAAAGCAUCUCAGCUCGUUGGUUUGGCUUUGAGCAUCCUCAUCUUGAUAUCAGCUAUGAGAUUGCAGUCGGAUCAGGAGGAAAUGAUUUAUCAGAUGCCAGUCAUGGUUUUGUCAAUGUCGGCAGUGCAACAUUCUAUCGUCUGAAUGGACUGGAUCUAACUCCAUUAACGACUUACCACGUGACUAUCCGUGCCAACUCGGAAGCUGGAAGUGUCAAUAUUACAUCGGAUGGCGUCAAAAUCAUGCAAAUGGGUGAAAUACUGGAGGGAGCCACAAUCAAAGAUGGACUAGGCUGCGGUCAAGACGAAGCAUCUGUUCAUCCAGGGUUGUCCCACCACUCAUCUCCUGCCGAUCAACCCUGUCAGGAUGACAUCACCUAUCAGGCCUCUACCUCAGACAUCGCAGCUCGUUGGACCAUCCCUGACAUGCUGCAGCCCUUUGUGACCAACGUCCUCUGGACGGUUGAACAAGAGAUUGAGGCAUACCACGAGGCUGAGAACACGACAUUGGAAUGGAUCCCAGUACUUGGUGAUCAAGAUCUUGGCAUGACAUUCCAACAUAUUGGGGCUGAUAUAGGGUUUCAAAGUGGAGGUCACUUCAGAUCAAAGGUUCAGUUGUGUCAUGUUAGCGUUUGCUUCCAACCCAUCGUGACUGAUGGAUUCUGGGUAUUAUCCCAACCUCCUGAGGUCGGUCAGGUCACGGUCAGCAACAUUGAGUCCACACAAGGCAGAACAGAGAUCCACGUGGCCUUCCAGCCUUUUGCGCAUGAUUACGUCCUUCAUGACAACCCACAGGAAUUGAUGGAUUUCUAUGAGUGGAGCAUUGCUGAAGAUGGUAAUGACGGAGCCCUGUUGAGUCAGUGGACGAAAAUUGAGAAUUUGGUGAUAACUGUAAACGUGGCCUAUUUCACUGCAUCGUACAGCGGACUUUUGGACCUGGAUAUUUGUCAUCGGUUAUCAGUCAGGGGCUACAACAAGGCUGGUCUGUCAUCCAUAGCCAGCACUGAGAUCGUAGAUUGUGAUGAAAUGAUGACACUCAUCGUCCCCCAUGUUGUAAUUGAUGCAGAUCAUAAAGUGAACUUGGAGCAGAAUGCGUUGUGGCCGGAACCAGACAAGAACUAUGUUUCAUCCACUUCCUCCUUAUCGGCCGUCUGGCCCACACUGCGUCACAGGGCCUACGUCUGGGCAGCCAUUGAGGACACUGGAUCUACUAAAUUUGGAGAUUUGGACAGUGGUCUGCAGUAUCCAUGCGACCACCCUCAUGUGAAGGCCUGCGGAGAUACAGAUAAAGAGUUCGUCAACGUUCCAGAUUUAGCCCUUGAACAUGGCAAACGAUAUCGCAUUUGCAUCCAUGCCGAUGAAGUGACACUCCAGCACCAGGGUUGGAAUGAACGGCUGUCCGCCGUGUCCAACUGCAGCGAUGGCGUUGUCAUUGACACAACUCCACCAACCCCUGGCUCUGUUUGGGUCGGAAGGAGCCAACAUCAACACUAUCAAAGUUCCACCUCCGAGUUAGUGCUACACUGGGAAUCGUUUAUCGACAUUGAGGAACACGGCAUGGCACGUCAUCACACGGGGAUCAGAUACUAUGAAUAUGCCAUUGGAUCGAUGCGAGGUGGCAGUGAUGUAAAGGAGUUCACCCGGGUUGGAAUUACUAACAGUGCUAUCGUACAUGGCAUAAGAUUACAAAAUGGACACACAUACUAUGCUACAGUGAGAGCAACUGACUUUGUUGGCCUGUCGUCCCAAGUGGUAGCUGACCCAGUCACCAUUGAUGCAUCUCCUCCUGUCGUAAAUGGCGAACACACAUUGGACGUUGGGGGCAGCUUUAUCCGCUCAACAACUUCUAUGUCAGCAAGUUGGAAGGAUAUAUUCUCAGACAAGGAGAGUAGUGUGGCGUAUUUUGAGUGGGCUGUGGGGUCACAUCCAGGUCACGCAGACAUCAUGCCUUUCACCAGAGAGAGCACAGAGACUGGGAUCAGUGACCCUUCACGACCUUUGGCCCUUCAGGAAGGUCACUCAUAUUUUGUUUCUGUUAAGGCCAUCAAUACAGUAGGCCUGAUCACUCUGAAGAGUUAUGGAGCUUUCACGGUUGAUGCUAGCCCCCCAUUGGCUGGUCAUGUCUUUGAUGGAAACCCAGCCCAUGCGCCAGCCAAUCACAAAGAUCGAGACUUCCAGGACGAUCGAACCAUGCUUUGGGCAUUCUGGGAAGGGUUUCAUGAUCCGCACAGCUCCAUCUUUGAGUAUUCGUGGAGGGCCGGGUUAUGUCCAGGGUGUACUGAUGUCGUGCCUGAGCAACACGUGGGCUUAGAGACUGAUGUUCAUGCGGGAAACCUGAAUCUGGUGCCAGGUCUGACCUACUAUUUGACAGUGACAGCUUGUAAUGCUGCUGGCCUUUGUACUUCAGUGACCUCUGAUGGGGUCAUGGUUGAUGACACGCCCCCUGUGCCAGGGCGGGUUUAUGAUGGCAGUGCUGGGGGCGGUGACGUCAGCUACCAGUCCUCAAGGCUUCGACUGCAAGCGCAUUGGUGGGGCUUCCAUGACCCUCACUCUGGUCUCUCCCACUACGAAUGGCGUGCGGGCACUACACCAGGAGCUGCGGACAUUUUCCCCUCUACACGCAUUGAGCUGUCGGAGGGUGCUCUUAUAUUUCUACCAGUGUCAGACCAGCUGCCAGUAGACACUGAUAUCUACAUCACCGUGCGCGCCUAUAACCGAGUGAGUGCGUGGAGUGAGGCUACAUCUAAUGGGUUCCGUGUGGACUCUAGCCCUCCUGAUGUGGUGGAUCCACCCGCUGCUAAGAGUAAGGGGGUGGCUGUCCAAAAUACCCAGGUUUUACGCGAUGUUAUUCACAUUUCCUGGAAGUUCCGUGACCCAGAGAGUGGCAUUAAAGACCAGUACAUAUCUGUUAGCACACACCAUAAUGGAGAUGUUGGCAUACAUCCAAUGAAGAUUGCAGGGAGCGAGAUUGAUCACACCUUCACCAAUCUGACAUUACACGAAGGAAGUCGUUACAUCGCAACCGUGGUGGCUUGCAACCUCGCUAGUCUCUGUACGGAAUCUAAGGCAGAACCUGUGUUGGUUGAUUUUAGCCCGCCGUCUGUUGGGACAUUUGCCGUGGGCACAGAAAGUGCUGCCAACUUGGAGCGUCACCAUAUUGACUGGAUUGAUCCAACAGAACCAAAUCAGACCAAUACCGCAUCUCCCCACCAUCACCACCACGGCUGGAUGUCAUGGCUUGAAGACAACAGCACCUCCAAUGGUUCCUUAGCUUUGGCCUGGUUGGGAUUUGCUGAUGUACACUCCGGUAUCAGCCACUACUUUGUCUCUGUCGGACGCACCUACGGUGGCUCGCAGCUCACUCCGCAUGGACCAGCCCGAAUCAACCACAGUGAUGACGGCAUGCCAUUGGACGAGGGAAUUGUGCAGACAGCCAUUGUACCUCUAGAGGGCAGCAUAGCAGACAUUUCUCCUCCAUAUCUCUACGUCUCCAUCUGGGCUGUGAAUGGGGUUGGGCUACCAAGUUCUCGUCAUCAUUCAGCUUUUGAAAUAUCUGCGAUCUCAUCAAAUGAGGGCACUCUCGUUCUGCUCCGACAUUGUUCACCUUCAAGUUGCGAAGGUCAUUGUGCAUGUGCACCCAUUGAUAGGGCAUGUAAUCCAGACCAGUCUUGCACCGAUGUAUCCAACAAUAAUCCUAACACUGAGAUAGAAGUGCUGGAUGUACUGGAUCUCAUGUACGAGGAUAUCGAAGCUGUGACUGACAUAGACUACACCCCAACCCAACACACAGCGGCUGCAGUGUGGCGAAUCACUGAUCGUAAAGGACUGGAUAUCAAGUGGUGUGAAUGGAGCAUCGGGGAUGACUCUUCAUCUGAACCAGUCGGAGUCUUCGAUCCAGUGAAUGAGAGAGUAUGGUUUGAUGUUGGACAGGACGACAAUGCUAUCAUUGUGCUGGAUGAGGAGCACAAGCUCCUGCAGGGAGUCACAUAUCACAUAUUUGUUCGAGCCUGGUACGAUGCCAAUAUAUAUGCUGUGUUCAAGUCAGAUGGCAUUGUCCCCGACGUUACACCGCCAAAAGUCUCGACUAUAAGAAGCAUGAAGGUAAAGGACCUCCCUGCAGCUGAUGCCAGGACAGACACAGAUUACUUGACAUCUGUCAGCUUCAUUUCUUGGGAGGGAAUGUUUUCAGACCAUGCAAUGUCCCACUACCUGGUGUCACUCAGCACCCAUCCAGGAGGUGAAGAUAUCCGUCAGUUUGCUGAUCACAGCUUUCCAGCUGAUGCAACUUCCACUGAGUUUACCAGCCUGGACCUACAGAGUGGAGUGCGGUACUUCAGCAAUGUACGGGCAUUCAACAAAGCUGGUCUGCACACGCUCAGAAGCAGUGAUGGUUUUGUAGUGGACACCAGGAGGCCAGAUCCCGGCCUAGUGUUUGAUGGAAUAGAUCUCCAUGAUGUAGAGUACCAGAACUCCAGCACAGUCAUCUCAGCCUCCUGGCAUGGCUUUGUGGAUCUGGAAUCCUACAUAGACCAUUAUGAGUGGUGUGUUGGACAGACCCCCAGCCCUACAGAUGCUAGCAUCCUGCCUUGCACCGAUGUUGGAAUCCACUUGUCUGCGUCGAAGACUCUAGCUGCACCUCUCACAGAUGGUAUUCGAUAUUACUCCAAGAUCUCAGCUUUUGAUGCAGCCGGCCAGCAGUCGAUGUCAGUCUCUUCAAAUGGAUUUGUAGUGGACACUACACCCCCUGAGCCAGCAGAACAUAUCCUUGUAGGGGAUAACCUGAUUCAGAAUCCAUCAUUUGAAGAGAAGGAGGAGCUGCAUUACUCAGAUAUGGAUUAUGACCGUACAGUUAGUUCUGGAGAUGGGUUAUCAGGUGGAGCCUCAGGUGAUGUUGGAAUUCAGUCAUUGUCAUCACCAGAAUCUGGUGAUUUCAAAACCUGGGACAUUAAAUCUGGCAGCCAGUUUUCAGUGGUCUCAUCUGAAAAGAAGAUUGCCAAAGACGGUCAUUCUUUCUUGUCCCUCCGUGGUGCCAUCUCCCAAACCUUCAACACAACGAUGGGCAGCCAAUACCAGAUAGUGAUAUUCGUCAGUCACAUGCCAUCCCAGAAUCCUUUGCUGAAUCAGGAAGUUUGCAUCGAGGCCCCAGGACUGAAUCAUGUCUUCAGAUUGUAUGACCGACCAGCACACGGUCACUCAGAUGAGAGUAUGAGGUCUAUCCAGUGGCAUCGGCAGAGGUUUUACUUCACAGCCAGUGAAGAUGUCUCAACAUUAAAAAUCUCCUCGGUUGGAAGAUCAAAUGGAAUCCUGUUGGAUAAUGUCCAGCUGAGGCAGAUCAGCAUUAGACCGACUAACGACGACGGGUCUGUGCAAGUCUUUACCCAAUUCAUUUACGGAUGGUCAUCUCUUCAGGCCAAGUGGCAUUUCAUUGACCCUGAGAGCCCCAUAGUGGACUACAGCUGGGCCAUUGGCACAACAAGAGGGGGCAUCCAGCUACAAGGCUUUACAUCAGUGGGCACACGAACAGAUGCUAUCAACACCGAUCUGAGGAUGGCACAUGGAUCCCGUGUCUAUGUAACGGUAAUGGCAAGAAAUGCAGCUGAUCUCAUUGCCAUUUCAACCUCUGCUCCUGAAAUGAUUGACUUGACACCACCAGAAAUUCUUUCUGUCAUUGACGGGAAGACUGAACAAGAUGUCGACUUCAGCGCCGACGAUUCGUCUCUAUCGUUCAGAUGGUCAGCAUCUGAUGCUGAAAGUGAAAUUGAUCACUGUGAAUGGGCAGUAGGAUCAGAACCUAAACUUGAUGACAUCAUACCAUGGUCGCAGUCUCCUAACGCCACUUCCACUAUCACCACCAGUCUAUCACAGAUCAUGGUUGAAGGCCAGAGCAUGUAUGCUACAGUCAUAUGCUAUAAUCAUAAUGGACAGUCGUCUUGGAAAUCAUCAGAUGGUGUUACCAUAGUAACAGAGUCUCCAAGCGCUUUGGCAGCUGUUGUCAGUGUGAAGACUUUGCCAGAGACUCAAUACACAUCACAAGGGUACCAGUCACAGAGAGAUUCUCUUAAAGCAUCGUGGGAUGGAUUUAUAGAUCCAAUUGGAAUCCAGUCCUAUCAGUGUUUUCUUAGUGGGCCAAACAUCUCCACAUCAUGGAGACCUUGUGGAUCCACCUCUGAGACCCACCUUGAUUGGUCAGGUCUUAGCCUGCUUGAUGAUGCUACCUAUAGCCUGUCGGUCAGAGCCAUCUCUCAUGCUGGUCUCAUCAGCGAGGCUGUCUCUGUCAAUUUUACAGUGGAGUCUACCAAGCCUACAGGAGGUGCACCAAGCCUCAUCAGAUCAUCCUGGUUGGGUAAUGGGACGGUUGAGUUUGCCUGGGAUGGCUUAUUCUCCUCUUCCUCAUCUUUGGUCUACGAAGUGUCUCUUGGCACCAUCCCAGGAAGUAGUGAUAUCAUGCAGUGGGUGGAGACCAUGGAUACUGGUAUGCGUGUCUCACCGCUGGUUCCCUAUACCAACUACCACUUGACAUUGACGGCCAUCAAUGCAGCGGGCUUGUCUCACACAGUCAGGAAGGUGAUCAGUGUCUAGAGGAUUCGCAAUCAUCAACGUUGACGUUGUGUUGGAUUUAUCAUAGGGGGCUGUGAAAUUUCUGUUAGAUUUUUAGUUUUAAGGGUGCAAAUAAAUUCCAAGCAAAUAAAUUCCACUUGCGAUAAAUCCGCAUAUUUCAAAAUUCUUUCAAAAUACAACUCUCAUAGGUAGCUGUUCGGGCCGCCCAGAAAAACAAUGAUCAACAUACCGUCUUUCAUUUUCCUUUCAACUUUAGGUGCGUUGUCCAAUGACAUCUUCAGAAAUUCUCACCAAAAGUAGACCACCCCGAAAACUAAGAAUAUUUCCAAAACUGGGAAAAAUAGCUAUUUUGAACAAAGCAUCCCUCUGUAAGACUGCUAUUAGUGCCACCUUUCAGACUCGAUUUCAUCUAAAUAAUUCAGACUUUGAAGUCCAGGCCUGAGGUUCAUCAAUGCCACAUUUCUUCAAUUCCCAAAUUCCGUGGCUCUCAGAACUCUCUAAAAUAGAAAUUUAUCCACUGGCAGACAGAUUUUGGCCUAUUUACGUGAGUGCAUCCUUACUGAAUUAACUCAGACACCUCUUUAGAAACAUACAGAUUAUUUGUAUUUGAUGAAAGAGUUUUUGUCACAAGUACACAGGCGUUCGUUCUCAUAUUAUACCGUGUUACGUUUCAAUUGUUAUCUUUGGUAGUCUUACGACUAGGUUGUUAGCUGUUGUAUUAUUGCCAUUUUCUAUGUAGUUUUCUAAAUACUACGUGGGAAAUUUAUUUCAUGAGUAAAAAUUCUAUUUGUGUAGAUGAUAUUUGGUUUUUCCCUCCUGCAACUGCGUUGUGCAUUUAAUUUUUUUUUACUUUCUUUACGUAAUUUACAUAAUUAGGCGAUUAUGAGUUCUUGGAGUCUUUCCCACAAUAUUUUAAUUGGUGUCGUGCUUAAAGCCACAUAUGAAGUAGAGAAGUAGGUGUAUUUUUCUUUGCAUUGAUGCAUGGAUUUUGGGCCAAGAAUUACCCGUACAACCAUAUUUUAGCAAACAAAAUAGUGCUGCGUUUAGAUGUGAGGUUGUACCCGUAUUGGGUUUAAGCUUGACUUUUGUAGUGUGUUGAGUUGAAGUGGGAUCAAUAUUGUUGAUAAAAUGAACACAAGAAAUGUGGUUUGAAGGGGGCAAUUACAAUAUUAAUCGGAAUUAUUAAGCAUGUUAUUGAGUUAAACUUUGUAAGAUAAAACGUGAUAUGUUGCAUGAUCACGUACCAUUGGUUGAAUUGUAGUCAAUGUUGUUCGGGUUUAUCUUCAUCUGUGAAAUAACACCAAGAAACAAUCAAGUUAAAUCAAAUCCCAAACAUGUCUAGCAGCAUUGGUAGUACCUAGGCCAGUUCUCGACGGCAAGGCCAUUCAUGACGCCCUAAUGUCUAAUAACAGAAAAAUAUAAAAUUCUUCAGUAGGGCUCUGCACUUACGAGACAAGAGAACCAGUGCCACCUCGAGAGCUGUGCAAUCAGCACAAGCCUAUAGGAGCUUUCUCUAAAAUGUUAGGCUGAGAAGAUUACAGUUCUAGUCAACAUAAACUGAUCAAGUGAGUUAAUUGUAGUAUUUACGCACACUUUUUGUUCCAUAAUUGUAAUAUAUAUCAGAGGCCGGAUCUCAAUAGCCUCUCAACGCAGGAAUUAACAGCAACCUCCCACGCGAACCCAUCCUUUAUUUGCACACAGGACUUCUACGGCGUAAAGUCAUAUGUAAAUAGCAUAACUAUUUGUCUUUUCCUUAAAAACAGUUCCCUCGUAUCAUUUUCUUUUCAGUGAAAUUAAAAAUGCUUCGUUCUUGUUCAACUAAACAAUACAUUAAAUUUUUAAAUAAUGAUAUGACACCUUGGUUUUCUUGAAAUGACGACAGACAAUUUUGCACAAUUCCAGAAGAACCGUAAUAUCCCUCAUAGUAUAAGCAGGUUGAACAACCUUAGUUCUUCUUCACUUGUGAUGAAAUAAAGCUUGCAAAAAUGUUACCCUAAA